UGACCUUGAUGUCGUGGUGCUUCCAAUUCCUGCUUGACCUGCUCUGGAUCCCCCUCGCGGCCUACUUCAAAGACCUGGGCCUCGGUCUUCAUGUGCUCGGGCUGGUCUUUGCGCUUAAUCUCGGCGUCCGCAUCAUACCGAACGUGCUCGCCACCCGGCUGGGGGUCAAGACCGACAUGGUGUGCAUGCUGGUGGGGCUCGUGGGCUUCGGAGUGAACCUCGCCUGGCCGGAGGAGACCUGGGCCAUCCUGGCAAUGUCCGCGUCGGGCGGCUUCACCUUUGUGCGCGCCCACCUGUCCGUCCACGGCAAGCUGGCCGCGGGCUCGAGCGUGGAGAGCCUCACGCUGGCGGCCAGGUGGUCGGGCGCGGCGCGCAACUUCGGAACCGUGGUCGCCUUCGUGGUGCCAGUGGCGGUGUACCAGGCGGUCGGGUGGAGGGCCGUGGUCGCCACAGCGAUGUGCGUCAUGUGCCUAUACCUCGCGCUGGCGGCGGUGCAGCACCUGAGCUACCUCGGCAGCGUCGAGGAGAGCGCCUCGCCGCGCGGCGGGGUCCCGGAGGAGCUCGGGCUGGUGGAGGAGGCUCCACGGGAGGACGUGCCGUGGAUCGACUGGCUGAUCGCCGGGGCGUUCUGCGUCACGGAGCUCCAGAUGAACAUACAGGCCGCAGCUGUUCCGACCACGCUGCUGGUGCUCGGCGUCCCUCUGCCCCUGGUCGGCGCGGUGCAGGCCGCUGGCCAGCUGAUCGCCAUGGGCUUCCUCGUGCUGCUCUCCCGAGGCCUGUGCCCCUGCCUCCAGAAGCGGCCGAUGAACCUGCUGCUCUCCUUCUCGGGCACGUUUGUCGGCAUGGCGGCGCUGUGGCUGGCGAGGGCGAGCGAGGUGGACGGGGCGCUCUACGCUGUCGUGCUCAGCCUCUAUUUCUUCUAUGCCUGCGCCUACACGGCACAGGUGACCAUGCUCGAGUGCCUCACCGGCGUGCUGGACAUCAAACGCCCGCCCGAUGCGUCUACGUCAUGGGCGUCUCCGAGAUCGCGGGCUGCGCCUGCUCGCUCGUGGGGGGGUACCUCGGCCCCGCCCUCCUGGAGCGCAGCCCGGCGGCUCCCUUCGCCCUGGAGGCAGCCAUCGCCGCGGGCACGACGCUGGUGUUGGGCGUGGGGCUGGGCCUCCGCGCCUGCGACCAGCACGUGGUCUGCCAGACGGCGUCGGAGUACCACGCUGCCCUGCAGGAGCAGGAGCGCCUCGCCAGCAUCCCGAGGGCGCUUCACGGGCUGCGCCACAUGCACAGGCGCCCGGACAGCUACAUCGGGAUAG